GAUGCUUUAUUUUUGACUCAAAAUCUUUCGGAAAAACUGAUGGCCGGGAUAUAAAGAUUCCUUCGCCGUUUUCCACCGGCAGAAAGAUCGACGUAAAACAGUUUCGCGAAAUGCUGAGUCAGCGUGUGUCACAUGACUUUUGAAGAUUGCCCUACCCUGUGACUGUUCUGAGUUUUACACGCAGCAGUUUUUUUUUUCACCAAGCAUGAUGGAACAACAAUAAAAUUUUUCAAAAUUUUUCACUUCUUGAUCAACUACUUCACACUUCUAUCAACUAGAAUAUACUAACUUAAUUCAAUAGUCAAUCAUGUCUCAUAGAAAAUACGAAGCACCACGUCACGGUUCCUUAGGUUUCUUACCAAGAAAGAGAUCAGCCUCCAUCAGAGGUAGAGUUAAAUCAUUCCCAAGAGAUGACAAAACUAAACCAGUUCAUUUAACUGCUUUCUUAGGUUACAAAGCUGGUAUGUCAACCAUUGUUCGUGAUUUAGACCGUCCAGGUUCUAAAAUGCACAAACGUGAAAUUGUUGAAGCUGUCACUGUUGUUGAUACUCCACCAGUUGUUGUCGUUGGUGUUGUUGGUUACGUUGAAACCCCAAGAGGUUUAAGAUCAUUAACCACCGUUUGGGCUGAACAUUUAUCUGAUGAAGUUAAACGUCGUUUCUACAAAAACUGGUACAAAUCCAAAAAGAAGGCUUUCACCAAAUACGCUGCUAAAUACGCUAACCAAAAUGGUGAACAAGUUGAACGUGAAUUGGCUAGAAUUAAAAAAUACGCUACUGUUGUUAGAGUUUUAGUUCACACUCAAGUUAAAAAAACUCCAUUAGUUCAAAAGAAAGCUCACUUAGCUGAAAUUCAAGUUAAUGGUGGUUCAAUUUCUGAUAAAGUUGACUGGGCUAGAGAACACUUUGAAAAAACCGUUGCUGUUGAUUCAGUUGUUGAACAAAAUGAAAACAUUGAUGUUAUCGCUGUUACCAAAGGUCAUGGUUUCGAAGGUGUUACCCACAGAUGGGGUACCAAAAAAUUACCACGUAAAACUCAUAGAGGUUUACGUAAAGUUGCUUGUAUUGGUGCUUGGCAUCCGGCUCAUGUCCAAUGGACUGUUGCUCGUGCUGGUCAAAAUGGUUACCAUUCAAGAACUUCUAUCAACCACAAAGUUUACAGAGUUGGUAAAGGUGAUGAUGAAGCCAAUGCUGCUACUGAAUUUGACCGUACCAAAAAAACUAUUACUCCAUUAGGUGGUUUCGUUAGAUAUGGUGAAGUUAAAAACGAUUUCGUCAUCUUGAAAGGUUCUAUCCCAGGUAUCAGAAAGAGAGUCGUUACUUUAAGAAAAUCAUUAUACACUGAUACUUCAAGAAGAGCUUUAGAACAAGUUACCUUGAAAUGGAUUGAUACUGCUUCUAAAUUCGGUAAAGGUAGAUUCCAAACCCCAGCUGAAAAACAUGCUUUCUUAGGUACUUUAAAGAAAGAUUUAGAAUAA